AUGACGGGAGUUGGGAAAGCUCUGAAAUCUUGGAAGCUAUCUCCUAAAUUCAUUGGGCCAUUCGAAGUGCUAAGUAGAAUUGGUCCUGCAGUGUACCAGAUAGCAUUGCCUUCGAACCUCUCAAAUCUACCUCCGGUGUUCCACGUGUCACAACUCAGGCAGUAUGUGCUGGAUCCUUCUCACGUGAUUAAUCUCGACCCAGUUCAAGUGAGGCAGGAUUUGUCAUAUGAGGUGUACCCAGUGAGGAUUGCAGAUCAUCGUAUUAACCAACUGAGGGGCAAGGAGAUCUCAUUGGUAAAGGUGAUAUGGAACUCAAGUGACGAAGGAGAUGCCACACGGGAGGCAAAGAGUCGAAUGAGAGAGUUCUAUCCACACUUGUUUAUGUAG